CUAGUUGAUCGGCUGAUCCGUGUUCGAUGGACGUAUUUCUAAAUAUUUAGAAAAUGAUUAUUAAUUAAAUUAAAUAACCAUAAUCAUGGACGAACACGAGUUUUUCACUCAAACUGUGCAACAUUUAGCUCGCUGUUUGUCAAGCAUAAAUCCAACACCAUGGGAAAAAGUAAAUACUCUGUUUAUGCUGUGCCCACAAGCCAGUUCAUCCCUGGUUGUAACAUCAAAGAGCCAGGAAGCAUCCAUAGCAUUAGGAUUGUACUUCCUACAGAGUGGCCUGCAGCACCAGGACAAACUCCUACCAUACUUCUUGAAGGUUCUGAAAAGUCUAACAAAUGCACAAUUUGAGGAGCCACUGUACAGGACCAAAAAUAAAGACCGUAUACCGAUGUCCGAAAAAUUCAGCUUCUGUCUAAAUACUCUGUUAUCCGACGUGGCAUCGAAACAGUCGUCUCUACGCGAAGAAAUCCUAACAGCGCAAAUUGAUCUUAUGUCGAAUCUUACAAAGACCAUAAUCGAUUGCUACGAAAGUCGCGACUUCGAUACAGUAUCAAAACUUCAGCUGUGCAAGAGCACGGUUCCCGUUCUCAUCGGUCUGGCUAGAUCCAUGGGCAGGUAUUCGACGGUCGAUCCUCCGUUGCUUUGCCGAUUGUUCCCGCAGCCCCCCAGUCCUGUGAAAACAAAGGAACCGGAGCCUAAUUUCGAAUACGCUACGUUAGAUAAGAAGAGAAAAUUCAAUCAAUUCCGCCCCAUUAUACCUAGGUCCCUGUCUGGGAAUUUGCACCUCAAUAGCGACAGUAUAGUGGAGAAUGGCAGCGACACAAUGGACAGUGGAGUCGGAACGCUAAAACGCGGCUCCCUGCACAGCUACAACUCGGUCCCCUACGACCCGACCACAUAUUUCUUCCACAAGUUCGGGUCUAGCUUUAACCAGUUUCCUUACAUGAGAUUUUCGGAGUCUCCCGAAAAAAGGAACAGUGUCCAAUUUUAUGUGACGUAUCUGCAGUCUAUAUUGUCUCUGGCAAAAAAGCUGCUCACCAAAGACCUCUUGUCGUUCAUCGACGAAGAGGCUGAAGAUGUACACGCGUCGGGACAGAUAAAUGUGUUCCCUUAUAAGUCAUUCUCGGAAACAUUGAAUUUGGUAAUGGUAACAUUAUUGAGGGAGUUAUUGCAACACCAGAAGGACCUUCCAGGCCCGUUUACCAAAGACGUACAGGAAUUCGUGAAAUGUCUGUUCCUAAGCGGCCAGACGGAGUUGCAGAGUCGACACCACGACGCUUCCGAGAGAGAAGACAGGGAGAGUAACUACGCCACAGUAAACAAGUUCAAAGUUAACGUGAUGGCGAAUUCAGCUUGCGUAGAUCUUCUGGUUUGGGCCAUCGGAGAUGAGACAGGAGCCGAUUCACUCUGCGGGCGUUUGACAGAGAAAAUCAAUUCGAAUCACAAUCACAAAUUGAUAUUAGCUCACAUGCCUCUACUGAUGGUCUGUCUUGAAGGUCUGGGGAAGCUGGCUACGAAAUUCCCGACGAUAGCCAACACCUCGAUAUACUGCCUAAGGGAUUUCCUGGUCACACCCUCGCCGAUACUGUUCAAGUUGCACAAACUCGAACUCGAGAAAACCGGGAAAGAGCACAUGAAAGUCACCCUUCAGGGCAAAGAGCUGCAGGGUCUAACGGAGUCUGGGGUCCCGGUCAAGUCAACGCCGUUCGAGAAGCUUCGGGACGCGGCCAUCGAGAACCUGUGCGUGGCGCUGGAGGCGGCGCUCACCGUGGACCCGUACUGCGUGCCCGCGCUGGUGGGCUCCGUCAGCAACCGGCUGUUCACCGCGGAGACCAGCGACAGUGAAUCUUCGUUGAUAAGCACCAACAUAGUGAUAAUGUUGGGGCACGUGGCGGUCGCGUUAAAGGACACGCCCAAAACGAGCGACACAAUACUUCAAUUCUUUCAACAGAGAUUAUGUCGUGCCCCGUCAUCGUUGGACACUCUCAUCGUGGAUCAGUUGGGCUGCAUGGCCCUAGCUAGCCCCGAGGGUCCAGCACACGACGAGAUCAUGAGGAUGUUCACUGUCAUUACAGUGGAAGCUGCCAGUGCGGUAUACCAUCACACCGACGACAGGAAACAAUACAGGCACGUGUCGGGCGCGGUGCUGAACGCGCUCGCGAACAUAGCGGCGAACGUUCGCGGCACGAACGUCCGGCUGGAGCUGCUGACGCGGCUGCUGGAGCUGUUCGUGCAGCUCGGGCUGGGCGGGGAGCGCGCCACGGACCGCUCGCCCGCGCCCGUGCUCAAGGCGUCCGGCAGCGCGGGCAACCUCGGCGUGCUCAUACCCGUCAUAGCGGUUCUAGUGAAGAGACUCCCACCGAUCAAGAACCCGAAACCGAGAUUGCACAAGCUGUUCAAAGACUUCUGGCUGUACUGCGUCGUGAUGGGAUUCACUGCGGCGGAAUCAGUUAUGCGAAAGCGUCUAUGGCCGCAGGAGUGGUACACGGGCGUGAAAGAGAUAGCCGUCAAAUCACCUUACCUUGUCUCGCAGACGUCGUUACGUUCGGAAAUGCGGGAGUUGCAGUACACUUCGGCGGUAAGGAACGACUCGGUGUCGAUAAACGAACUACAAGAACUGAAGACUCAGAUAUUGAACUUGCUGGAGCACGCGGCCGACAUAACGGUCAUAGUGAAUAAGCUGAGUUUCGCGCCCUGCAUGUACAUAUUGAGCGUCUAUUGGCUGGAAACAUUGAGGGUGUGCAAUUCACCGGAGCCCAGCUUACAACCGAUCAUAGAAUAUUUAAGUGAUACAACCUUACAAAAGGAUAAGGCCGGAAUGUGGCAGUGCGUAGCGAGCGUCGGCGACAAGGUGUUCCAGAAGUUUCUCGACGUGAUGUCGCAGAAGGUGAAGGACGACUCUCGCGAGCGCGAGCUGGAGGGCCACGCCCAGUUCCUGCUGGUCAACUUCAACCACAUCCACAAGCAGAUCCGGCGCGUCGCCGACCAGUGGCUCGCCAGGCUCGUUGACAGAUUCCCGCAUCUGUUGUGGAAUUGUCGGGUGCUUUGGUCCAUGCUGGAUAUAUUGCAAGUGCUGAGUUUCAGUCUCGAGUUGGACGCGAACCAGGAAACGCCGCUGCUUAAAGUUCCCGGGACAGAUUUCACUUUGCAACUCCAAGACACGUUGGAAGGGAGAGAGAGCAUAGUCAAAGACUUCGCCGACCGUUGUCACGGCAUCGUCCAGGAAGCCAUGAAGUGGGCCCCGCAGUCCACCCGCUCACACCUGCAGGAGUACCUCAACCAGGUCCCGAACUCGACGCUGUGGCACCACUGCGGGCUCGCGCUGGCGACGGGCGCGCUGCUCGGAGCCGCCGGCCUCAACCGGAUGUCCGCGCCCCUGCCCCGCGCCGCCCUCGACAAGCGCCCGCCCUGCGUCACGCAGGACUCGGCCGCCUUGCUCGCCGUCGUGUCGCAGAGGAGUCGAUUUGCCGGGGAGAUAGCGGGCGCGGUGAGCGCGGAGGGCGGCGGCGAGGCGGCGGUGUGGCGCGUGGCGGCGCGGCUGCUGGGCUCGCUGCGGGAGGCGGGCGCGGCGGGCGAGACCGCGCACCGCGCCGCGCUGUGGCGGGCCGCCGCGCUGCUCGUGCACGCCGCGCAGCACAGCCCCGCCGCGCCGCUCACGCGCCGGCUGCUGCACGCCGUCGCCUGGUCCCAAGUGGAGCUCUUCACGGAGGACGCGGUGACGACGGCGGUGGAAUGCUGGCAGUGGCUGACCACGGCCCGGCCCGACCUCGAGCUGCGUCUCAUGCAGGAGAUAUUUGCGGCCUGGCAGUGCACCGUGGACCGGAAGAUGGGCCUUUUCUCCAAGCAGACCGAGGAGACCAGCCCUCUGGCGGCGUACGAAGGUUCAAAACUGGAGCCCCGACCUCCGUUCGUGGCCCCGCACGCGGUGUGGGUCCGCUACUUGUGCGAAGUGGCGGAGACCGCCAAAUACAACAGCCAGGAGAAGGUCGAGAUGCUGGCGAGCCUGCUGCACCGAUCUUUGCCGAUCACUGUGGGCGAUUACCGCGAUCACAUAAACAGACACGUCGAAGCAGUCGGAGUCAGAUUCAAACUCCUCUCGUGCGGUCUCUCUCUACUGCAAGGCGACAUACUGCCGCGCUCGCUGGCCCGGAACAUACUCCGCGAACGCGUGUACAGCGCCUGCUUGGACUACUUCUGCCGAGGGAUCCAGUGCCCGUCGAAAAGCUCCGGAGCUUUACGAGAAGAUAUCAUAUCGUUGAUAAAGUUCUGGCAACUCAUGCACUCGGAUAAGAAGUAUUUGAAGAGCAGCGAUAUAGGUGGUGAAUACGAGCUGAUGGGUCCGAGCAGCCAGCAGAGCCUCUACACGUCGAACUCGCCCACGGACAACAGGUCCUCGGUCAACAGCAGCGACAUCGGCAGCCGCCAGACCACGGGCUGGAUCAACACGGUACCAAUGUCUACAACCACGCUGAGCAGCGGAGCGGGUAGCAUAGCAGGGAAACGAUCUAACCGAAGCGUCAAGCCGCCCGUCAAGCAACAGGACACGUACGUCAAGGACUACGUCAGGAAAAGGAAUCUUAUAUUGGAGCUUAUGGCGGUCGAGAUAGAGUUCUUGGUGACGUGGCACAACCCUCACGGGCGGCCCGAGCAGGCCGUCCCGGGCGAGGACAACAUCGCCACCUGGCGCUCCAAGCCCAACACCGAGCGGACCUGGAGGGACCACGCCAAGCUGGCCUGGGAAAUCAGCCCCGUGCUCGCAGUCUUCAUGCCGGAGAGGCUAAAGAACGACGGUAUAGUGGCGGAGGUCAGACGCAAAGUCCAAGCGCAGCCGACCGCGGUGUGCCACGUCCCCCAGGCCCUGAAGUAUCUGGUCACCACCGAAACCUUACUCAACGACGCGCAAGAGCUGGUACACAUGAUAACCUGGGCCCGGGUCAGCCCGGUGGAGGCCCUGUCGUACUUCAGCCGGCAGUAUCCGCCGCACCCGCUCUCGGCGCAGGCGGCCGUCAACACGCUGACGUCAUACCCCUCCUCGACCCUCCUCCUGUACAUACCGCAGCUUGUGCAGGCGCUGCGGCACGACACGAUGGGAUACGUGGCGGAAUUGAUAAAGUCACUGGCGAAGAAAUCUCAAGUCGUAGCGCACCAGCUGAUAUGGAACAUGCACACGAACAUGUACACGGACGAGGAAAUGCAUAAUAAAGAUCCCGCUCUAUUCGACAUCCUCGAGUCGUUGACGAAGAGCAUAGUGGAUUCCCUGUCGGGACCCGCGAAGGCGUUCUACGAAAGGGAAUUCGAUUUCUUCGGUCAGAUCACGAACAUCAGCGGAAUCAUCAGACCGUACCCCAAGGGAGCGGAGAGGAAGCGAGCGUGCUUGGAAGCGCUGAAGAACGUUAAGGUGCAGCCGGGGUGCUAUCUACCCUCCAAUCCGGACUCUAUGGUCAUCGAUAUAGACUAUAAAAGCGGUACUCCCAUGCAGAGCGCCGCGAAGGCUCCGUACUUAGCGCGGUUCAGAGUCCGAAAGUACGGGAUCGCGGAAAUGGAGUCCCUCGCCAUGGCCAUCGCGUCGGGCGAGGAGCCGCCUGCGGAGGAAGGCAAGGACCGGUACACGUCGAUAGCGGCGGAGACCUGGCAGGCGGCCAUAUUUAAAGUGGGCGAUGACGUCAGACAAGACAUGCUGGCCCUGCAAGUGAUAUCGCUGUUCAAGAACAUAUUCCAGCAAGUCGGCCUGGACUUGUACCUGUUUCCGUACAAAGUCGUCGCCACCGCGCCCGGGAGCGGCGUUAUAGAAUGCGUGCCCAACGCCAAGUCGCGUGAUCAGCUGGGCAGGCAGACGGACUUCGGACUCUACGAAUAUUUUAUAAAGAAAUACGGCGACGAGACCACGAGAGAGUUUCAGGCGGCGAGAAGGUGCUUCGUGACCUCGAUGGCCGCGUACAGCGUCAUCGGCUUCCUGCUGCAGAUCAAGGAUCGGCACAACGGGAACAUCAUGCUGGACACGGACGGACACAUCAUACACAUAGAUUUCGGAUUCAUGUUCGAGUCAUCGCCCGGCGGGAACCUUGGCUUCGAGCCCGACAUCAAGCUGACCGACGAGAUGGUGAUGGUGAUGGGCGGCAAGAUGGAGGCGCCGCCGUUCCGCUGGUUCUGUGAACUGUGCGUGCAGGCCUUCUUGGCUGUCAGACCAUACCAAGAAGCUAUAAUAUCUAUGGUGUCGCUGAUGCUGGACACCGGUCUCCCGUGCUUCCGAGGGCAGACGAUACGUCACCUUCGCUCGCGUUUCGCGCCCAACUCUACCGAGAAGGAGGCGGCGGCGUACAUGCUCUCUAUCAUACGUAACUCGUUCUUGAACUUUAGAACAAGGACGUACGAUAUAAUACAGUAUUACCAGAACCAGAUACCGUAUUGAGUCGUCGAUGAAAUCGAUAUUCAUAUCGAUAGGCCGGUCGCGGUGCAUCUCUAUCUGACCUCGUGACGUCAGAGCGAAUGUGUGUUAUUUGUACAGAAAUAACUGGAAAUGAAGAUAACGAUUAAGACUCAACUUUCGAUGUGUUCCGGUACUCUUUAUAAACGAAUAUAAAGUCGAUAGUGACGAUGAUACGAAACAAACGGUCUGAUUGACAUUUUUUUUCUUCUAUAUAUAUACCUAAAUAAAUAAAAGAAAAAUAUAUGUUUAAUUUAAAAACGAAAUGGUGCGAAAUGUGUAGUUAAAACAAAUGUCCGUUUAAAACAAUGUUCCUUCAGGGAAGUGUAAGGUAUAUCGAUACAGUCGGAAAAGUGUGCGUAUCCGUUGCGAGAAUUAAAAAAAAAUAGCAUUACUAUUUUUUAAUCUAGAAUUCCGCCUAAUAUAUAACUUAAACGAGAUAUUUAACGGUAUUUUAUAUCAGGCGGGGGUUAUAUUAAUUACUUUGAGCGCGAUGUCUUUGGUUUGAUUUAGGAAAUAAUUCGGUUUUCAUUUUGUCUAUUAAAUUAAGGGGUAAUGUUUAAUGGAGAGAUUCAAGAGUUUUCUUGCCGCGGUUUUUAGUUGAACUGGUUCGUCGGUCGUAUUAUUUUUCCAAACAUACUAUCUAUAUAUUUGAUAGUAGAAAGAUAUUUACGAACCACUGGUCAAAAAAUAAUGUCAUUUGAAGUCAAAUUGCAGUUGUUGCUAAUGUGACUAUAAUGUAAUGAGCUUGCUCGGUCUCAACUUAAUUUCAAUUUAGGCAUUCAAAGGGCUAGGUCAUGCCUCAGAGUACUUCUCGAAUAACACCAGAUUGAGGUUAUUUUUAAAAGAAACUACCUAUUUUAAAAAAUUAGACGAAUUCUUAGUUACUUAGUUAUUCUUAGAAGAGUUUCUCGUCUCCUCGAUGACGACAACUAAAGGUUUUGAAAAUAAAUAAUAUUAAAUACCGGUAUUUGGUACUUAUCGUUACGUCCACAUAGCACUUUCUCUUAUAUUUAUAAUCAAACAAUCUUAUAAGUAUUAUCGUCUCAAAUUCACAAACCUUUCAGAAAUAAUCUGAUUAUUAAUGUCAUUAAAUAACAUAUAUAAUAAUUAUGUUCUCUAUGAACAAUAGAGAAGUAUAUACGACGUAUAUUCUAGAAACAAUAUGAGGGUAACAUUAGAAAUCAUGUAUUCAAUUACUACGACCCUUCAUUAAUUAAUAUUUAAUUGAACACGGAAAUUAGAAAGAAAUGAAAACUGCCACUAUCCUUAGAAAAUCCCUUUCUACUAUUAAGGUGCAAAUACUAGAGUUCUGUUAACAUUGUAAAGGUAUUUACGAUAUGUAUAACUAUGAUUUAAAUGUUUUAGGGAAAUAUAAGAUAAUUUUUAAUAAGUGCUGUAGUACUGCUAAAAAUAUACAAACAACACCCAUGCAUGCCAAUUUUUUUGUUCUUAUAAUUCAAUUAAAAAAAAAAGCAUUUGCCUGAAUUGAGAAACUUCUUUGUUAAUUAAAGUUGCACCGACUUGCAGUUUUUCUGAGCAACAGAUCACAUUCCAUUUUUUUUUUUUCAUAGUAUAUAAUUUAAAUUAAAUUAUUAUUUACAAUAUUGAAAUCUGUUAAUGCUUGUUUUAAUUUUUUUUUUAUAUACAGCAUGUUAUAAAAUGGUUGUUCAAAAUAUAAGAGUUGUGGAAUAUUGUAAUAGUAAAUUAAACUUAAAUAUACAGGUUACUUGCCCUAAAAAAAAACAGUAUUGUGUCUAUAGUGAACAAUUUGCUUCGAACGAGAUAUAAAUAAAAAACGUUACCAUUUAGAUGUAAUUAUAAGGAAAUACUAUAUCAUGUUCUGAAAUUGAUCUUUUACGUAAGUAUUAUAUUGUAUUUAUUGUAUAUUGCAUUGUACUUAGAGCUAUUUUAGAUGAAAACAAAUUUUCUCUAAUUCAAUCGAACUGUAGUGUUUUGAAAACAUUAUAAUUCGUAACUUAUCAAAGUCUUCAACUUUAUAUAAGAUAAUUAUAAUGUUGUCUCCAUAUUAACAGAAACCUCAAAGUGACAAACAUACUAAUAAAUAUAUUUAUGUAGAAUCAGAUUAAAAAUAAUGUUGUUGAUUAAAAAAGCAGAAUUUAUUGAUGUAAAUAAAAAAGAAACUAUAUUGUUGAAAUUCAAUAAGCUUAGUAAAAUGUUGCCAACAGAUUUAAUAAAAUGUUGAUAUUAUAAAGUUUUGUGUGUUCUGGACAUUCCUACAGAUGUUGUUGAAUUUUGAAUAAAGUAUCUGGUAAAGGUG